CUGUUAGCUCACGACCGUAUCGAUCAAACAACAUUGUUUUAGGUGUCGAGAACAUGGCGUUGAACGUAGCCACGGAAAGCAAACGAGCUGUCAAUUCAAAUGUCUGCGCCGUUUACGGCAGAGUACCAUCAGUUGGAAUGGAUCGAACAAGAAUCACAUUUUGCACGGAUGUGGAUAAAUCUGUGAUCGUGCACAACUUCGAGAAACGCGGGUGGACGCAAGUUGGUCCGGAAGAUGAUUGGAAUUUUUAUUGGGCCGUUACACAAUCCUGCAGAAAUAUCUUCAGCAUAGAAACUGGAUACAGGAUGGAUGAUAACCAAAUCAUCAAUCACUUCCCGAAUCACUAUGAGCUCACGCGUAAGGAUCUUCUGGUAAAGAACAUCAAGCGGUAUCGGAAGGAUUUGGAAAGAGAGGGAAAUCCUUUGGCAGAGCGUGCAGAGGGUCCAGGCAAAUACCUGUACCUCGACUUUAUACCAGUGACUUUCGUCUUACCCGCAGAUUAUAAUAUGUUUGUGGAAGAAUAUCGUAAAUCCCCACAGAGCACCUGGAUCAUGAAGCCAUGCGGUAAAUCGCAGGGCGCCGGGAUAUUUCUCAUCAACAAAUUGAGCAAACUGAAGAAGUGGUCGCGCGAGGCAAAGACACCAUUCAAUCCAAACUUGACAAAAGAGUCGUAUGUUAUAUCCAGAUAUAUCGACAAUCCGCUGCUCAUCGGCAGCAAGAAAUUCGAUCUCCGAUUGUACGUCCUCAUCACGUCAUUUCGGCCGCUUAAAGCGUAUCUCUUUAAAUUAGGAUUCUGCCGAUUCUGCACCGUCAAGUACGACACCAGCGUUCAAGAGCUUGACAACAUGUACGUGCAUCUGACGAAUGUGUCCGUGCAAAAGCAUGGUGAUGAAUAUAACAGCAAACACGGCGGUAAGCUGAGCGUACAAAAUCUGCGUUUGUACCUGGAGAGCACGCGCGGGAAAGCGGUCACGGAGAAGCUAUUCGCCAACAUCUCCUGGUGCAUCGUGCACUCGCUGAAAGCGGUGGCACCGGUGAUGGCAAACGAUCGGCACUGUUUCGAGUGCUACGGGUACGACAUCAUCAUCGACAACAAGUUAAAACCCUGGCUGAUCGAGGUAAACGCCUCACCGUCUCUGACGUCUACAACGGUGAACGACAGGAUCUUGAAAUAUAAAUUGAUCGACAAUAUCUUGUCUGUGGUUCUGCCUCCGGAUGGCAUACCCGACGUGAAAUGGAACAAAUCACCCUCUCCGGAAGCUUUAGGCAACUUCGAGUUAUUGCUGGACGAGGAGCUGGCGGUUCAGGAUGAAAGGGAGGCUUCAUCGAGCAAGUAUCGUAGCUCUUCAUUCAAAUGCAAAUAGAUCUUACAUUUGUAUGAGUUUCUUUUUUAAUUGAUGACUACUUACUUUUUACCCCAAAAAAAUAUUUUUAUAGCAAGAUAACGUUUCAAAUAAUCCUGA